AUGCUUGAAUCUGGGCUGCGCACUGCUUCCAGAGCGGCGAGGUUUGCCAGGAGCCCUGAGCGAAUCUGGGUAUGUUCGCCAUGUCGAAACGCGCUUCUGCGGAAAUCGCAAUCACAGUCGCAAUCGCAAUCGCGCGGCCUCAGCACGGCGCCGUCGCGAGAGCCCGACAAGAAGCCAUUUUAUGUUACCACGCCGAUAUUCUACGUCAAUGCCGCUCCCCAUGUAGGCCAUCUGUAUACCAUGAUACUCGCGGAUGUUUUGAAACGGUGGCAGAUUCUGCUUGGGAAUACGGACGCGAAGCUCCUUACGGGCACGGACGAGCAUGGCUUGAAGAUUCAACAAGCCGCGGCGGCACUUGGGAUGACGCCGCAAGCGCUAUGCGACCAGAACUGCAAAACGUUCCAGAAUCUUGCUAGGAAGGGGAAUGUGGGCUACGAUCACUUUAUACGGACGACGGACGCGGAGCACAAGGAGGCGGACAUGCUUAACCACCGGGGCUAUAUUUACACGUCGAAGCACGAAGGAUGGUAUUCCGUCAGCGACGAGGCGUUCUACCCCCCCUCAGCCGUCCAGCCGACCCUAGACCCGUCCACGGGACGCAAAAUCAUUACGUCUAUAGAGACCGGGAAGGAAGUGCAGUGGGCGUCAGAGGAGAACUACCAUUUCCGGCUCUCUACUUUCCAGGAGCCGCUGCUCGAGCAUUUCAGGAAGAACCCCAACUUCAUCACGCCGAGGAACUACAUGGACGGCAUUGUCAGCGCCGUCACGUCGGGAUUGCAAGACCUGUCAAUAUCGAGACCCGCCAGCAGGCUGAAGUGGGGGAUCCCUGUGCCGUACGACGAGUCGCAGGUCAUCUACGUCUGGCUGGAUGCACUGGUGAACUACAUCACGUAUGCGGGAUAUCCGUUCCCGCCCGGCGCGCAGUCGAUAUGGCCGGCGGAUGUGCACGUGGUUGGGAAAGAUAUACUCCGGUGA